UUGUUGUUUUACUACGAAAAGGAUAACCAGAGCCACUUCUUGCACUGCAUGCAAACCUCAUAACCUCCCAAACCUUUGUUUCCCUAUCAUCAAAAUGGCCACCACAGCCACAAAACUCCGUCGUUUCCUCCCCCUCUUCCCCAUCUUUCUUUGUCUCUUUUCCCUCUUCAUCAUCCCUUCUCAUUCCUCCUUAGACUCUUUCAUCUACGGUGGCUGUUCUCAGAUAAAAUACACCCCAGACUCGCCCUACGAGUCAAAUCUAAACUCACUCCUCACUUCCCUGGUUAACUCAGCCACUUAUGCAGCUUACAACAAAUAUUCCGUCACGGGUUCGAGCCCACAAGAUGUUGUCUACGGGCUGUAUCAAUGCAGGGGCGAUUUAUCCAUGCCUGAUUGUGCCACAUGUGUGACUCGGGCAGUGAGUCAAUUCAGUGGCUUGUGUCCGCAGACUUGUGGUGGAGCUCUACAGUUACAAGGGUGCUUCGUCAAGUACGAUAACAGUAGCUUUAUUGGCCAAGAAGAUAAGACUGUCGUGAUGAAGAAAUGUGGACCGUCCAAUGGUUUUGAUACUGAUGCAAUGAACCGUCGUGAUGCGGUUUUGGGGAGCUUGGGUUCGGCUGGUGGGCUGUACAGAGUUGGUGGGGCUCAGGAUAUUCAAGGGGUAGCGCAAUGCGUCGGGGAUUUGAGUAUGGGACAGUGUCAAGAUUGUUUAUCAGAGGCAAUCAAGCGGUUGAAAACUGAGUGUGGAGGAGCUGUUUUUGGUGAUAUGUUUUUGGGGAAAUGUUAUGCUAGAUAUUCUACUAGUGGAGAUCAUCCUUAUGCAGCAAGAUCUGGUCAUGAAUCUUCUCACAGCGAUUCUGAGAAGACAUUUGCAAUUAUUAUUGGACUAUUAGCUGGUGUAGCUCUAAUUAUCAUAUUAGCAACUUUCAUGAGAAGGACGUUUGGUGAAAAUGGUAAAUAAAUAACCAUAGAUCCCUCUUGCCAAAGUAACCUGGAAUUAACCAAGAAUUUCAAGAAUAUUUCUUCCCCGACUUAUUUUUUUGAAAGCCCUUUUUCCCUUUUUCUUUUGCUGUUGCCCUUCACCUGCGUUUCUGUUUGGGGAUUUGCUUUAUGCUUCUAUGCGAAAGGAGUUACAGAUCGUGGAUGAAAUCAAGACGGAAAAGAUGCCUCUAGAUUCUAGGGAUAUGUGUACUCUGAAAGCAAAAUUCAAGUUAAAGAUGGUUAAAAGAGGGAUGCCAAGAUUCCACCCUUUUCUCCACUUCAACAAAGUUGUAUCGUCCAAUGUUAAAAAGUGGCAUAUUCUUUUGUAAAGGAGCAAAUGGCAUAGUCUGCAUGGUGCUUUUCAUCCUUUUAUCGUUCAAUUGUCACAGCAAUUUUUUUUU